UUCUAAAGUGAAUUGCUCACUGUAAAAGAACCUUGUCCGAAGAUUGUGUAUUUCUUUACAUUAAUUAAUUUCGCGUGCACUUCCAUAGUAGAAACAGACAGCAUCAGAUUCCAGAUGAAAUUUGAGCAGGAGGAGAAUAUUAUGAUUUACGAGUAGAGAAUCUGAUUCAUAAUCAUAUCCAUGCAAUGUAACAAGUAUAAAAGCUACUGAAAUAGCCUUUCAGAAACAUCCAUGUGAUUUCUAGUCCUUACUACCUUGCUUUGAAAAAGUAGGAUUCCAAUCACCAUAUUAACAUUAUGGUGGUGGUUUUUCCCUAACAGUUCCACCAUAUUCAUUUCUGCGAAAAACAAACAAACAUUAGCUAUCCACAGGGAACGAACCAAGGACCAGGGUCACUCAAAAAUCAUAGCAUAGUGAAUGGAACUUGAAGCUUUCAGAAGAGGAAGCAGAUUUUCGUUAUAUGAGAAACUAGCCACCAUAGGUUUGGUGGUUCUAGCCGUGGCCUCUCCUCUUUAUAUGGAGCGCAAGCCAGAGAGUGACAGUGACUUGGAAGAUGAGGAACAGCUCAUAAACAUUUCUGUUUGGCUGCCUUUGCUACUUCUUUUAUUGAUUUUGUGCAUAGCUUUAUCAGCUUACUUGGACCAGAGCUUUGCUGUGUUUGAUCGUUACUGGAUUCAUAGAGUCUGCGGUUCUUCAGGCGGUAUUUUUGUGACUAUUACUGUUCUUAUUCUUAUUUUGAAGUGGAAAUCAUCUAUGUAAGGUCAUGUGAUACUCAAACAGUGUUGUUGUGAGAUAUUUUAUAAGUGUGUAAGAAUCUCUUUUGUGCCAUAUUUUGUGAAGAAAUUGAUAGCCAUUUUGUAAUCUCAAUGGCGAGAGAAGUAAACAUCUUAUCAAAUUUUGAUAGAAUUUAGCUAAAGUACUAAUGCGACUGUUAAAUAAAAUAGAAAACUCAACUUAGUGAUAAAAAGUACAGCAAUGCUAUACUUACACCUCAAUCUUACACCAAUACUUACACCAAACACUGUUCACCGUAUUUAUACGGUGAACAGUGUUUUUUAAAAUAAAAUAAUAAUAUUUAUAAAAAAUAUUUUUUAUUUUUAAAAUUACGGACGACACUGUUCAUAUA